AUGUCACAGGAGGCUGUUAUGAUAGCUGUUGACAACAGUGAUUUUAUGCGAAAUGGUGAUUUUACCCCGUCGCGCCUUCAGGCUCAAAAUGAUGCGGUUAAUUUACUGUGCCAAGUCAAGCGACAGGCUAAUCCGGAAAAUACCGUUGGACUGAUUUCCCUGGCUAACACUGAGGUCUUGUGCACACUAACCAGCGAUAUGAGCAAGAUUCACAACCGCUUGCACUUGAUCCAGCCGAAGGGUGGGAUAGAUUUUUGUACUUCUGUGCGAAUUGCCCACCUGGCUCUUCGUCACCGACAGCUGCGCCAUCAGAAGAUGCGUAUUGUUUGUUUUAUAGGAAGCCCAGUGAAUGACGGAGAGGAGGAAAUGACAAAACUUGCAAAACGCUUAAAGAAGGAAAAGGUCAACAUUGAUAUUGUCAAUUUCGGUGAAGAUGAAGUCAACCAAAAGAAACUUUUGGAUUUUAUAGAAAAUGUUAACGGCAAAGAUGGUUCCGGCUCGCACUUGGUUACAGUGCCUCCGGGGACUGUUUUGCACGAGUCAUUGGCCACAAGCCCUAUUGUGGCUGGUGAGGAUGGUAGCAGUGCCAUUGCUGGCAGUGGUCUUGGUCUUGAAUUCGGCUUGGAUGCGGUCGACGAUCCCGACCUCAUCUACGCCCUUCGUGUGUCGAUGGAAGACCAGCGGAUGCGACAGGAGCAGGAAGCCAAUGCCGGAGCUAGUGUUCAAGCUGCAACCGCUUUACCUGGCGGUACAGGAACCUCGGAAGAGGAUCUACUGAGACAGGCACUAGCGAUGUCAAUGCAGGUUGACUCCGGCCCAGGCUCCGGCCCGGUGGAUGUGUCAAAUAUGACAGAGGAGGAGCAAAUUGCCUACGCUAUUCAAAUGUCUAUGCAGACUCAGGAACAGGAAAAACCCCAGGAUGAUGCCCAAAAAGAUAAUUCGAACAACAACAAUCUGAUGGAUGUGGACGAUGUUGCUGUAACACCGAUUGUCCGGCGGCCCGAGGCUGGAGCUUCCGCAGCGGCAGCACCUGCCCAUGAAAACGUCUCUAGUGGUCCCGCUGGCAAUCUAGAAGUCAAGCCAAAAGGCGAUGGUGUAGCUGAGUAUGAUUCAGAGUUCUUCCAGUCAGUGCUACAGCACCUGCCCGGGGUCGACCCACAGAACGAAGAAGUCCGCAAAGCAAUCGAAUCCCUAACUAGCACAAAGCCGGAGCAGGAUCCAUCCAAAAAGACUGAGGAUGGUGAUGAGGCGAACAAGGACCAGUCUGGCGGCAGUCAAAAGCAUAAUUAA